CUACACAUUCACACCGAUAAUCAUCAAGAUGGCGGUCGAAAAGAAGGACAAAUCUCAGGUUCACAAGCUUGCUCUUCGGGGAUCCUCGAAGACCGUCGCCGAGUUUUUCGAAUACUCAAUCAACACGGUUCUAUUUCAGAGGGGUGUCUAUCCCGCGGAGGACUUCACACCUGUCAAGAAAUAUGGCCUUAACAUGCUGGUCUCGUCCGAUGACCAGGUUAAAGCAUAUAUCAAGAAGAUCAUGUCGCAAUUGAACAAAUGGAUGAUUGGAGGCAAGAUCUCGAAGUUGGUGGUGGUGAUCACAAGCAAAGAGACGGGAGAACAUGUCGAGAGAUGGCAAUUCGACGUUCAGAUGUUGAACAAGUCUUCAAAACAUCGGUCCACGAAGAAAGCUCCAGACAAGGAGAAUGCGGCACCAGAAGAUGCGACGCCGGCCGAACCAGAGCCAGAGAAAACCGAAGCGCAGAUACAAGAAGAGAUCCAGGCGAUCUUUCGGCAGAUCACAGCCUCGGUCACCUUUCUGCCUGUUCUGGAUGGGAAUUGCACUUUCAAUGUGCUGGUCUACGCAGAUGCAGAUUCAGACGUCCCGAUCGAAUGGGGAGAUAGUGGUGCCAAAGAGAUCAGAGAUGGAGAAAAGGUGCAGCUUCGAAGUUUCAGCACCAGCAAUCACAAGGUAGAUACGUUGGUCAGUUAUCGUUUGGCGGAUUGAAGCCUCUACAUUGGGUACGGGACAAGCAAGGUGUUGACGGGUCGGCGCCGGAUUUCUAGGAAGGAUUGUCUAUCUAAGGACACAGCCGACACAUGAUAAUGACUCUCAACAAAGGAAAGCUAAGGUGUCCUUCCUUUUUGACCACCAUAAUCAAGACGAGUUGCUCUUGACCAUGAUAAAAUGAGUCGACAACAAUAAUGAUAGGCGCAGAACAGUUAAGCAAGGCUCCGAGACCUGCCCGCGGAGCCUUGCGGCGGGGACACGAAAGUGAUUUUUUGGAGAAAGUUUUUGAGGCUCGCAGACUGGCCU